AUGACUGGUCAGCAAACUAAGAUUAGUGAAAGUAUUCAGACAGAAAAUGAUCUUAUAUCGUCAGAGACACCACAUAUAACGAAACAGCACAUACAACAGGCGGAUGAACCGACAUUAGAUUCCUGUUGUUCCAUUGCAACACCAAUGCAUAGGAGAUUGCAAACAAUGGCUGUAGCAUGGCAUUGUUCAUCAUUUGUUGUAUUCACUUUAAUAAAUUUAUUUUUAUUAUCUUCACCAUUUUGUUGGUUAUUCAUGAUUCCUUAUCUAAUAUAUUUCUUUAAUGAUAGGUCCCCAGCCAAUGGGAACGUUGUGAAUAGAUAUUCCCUCUGGUUCAGGUCUUUGUAUAUAUGGGAUUUAUAUUGUGAAUAUUUUCCAGUGUCUUUGAUCAAAUCUGCAGAUUUGAAACCGACUUUUAGUUGGGAACCUCAACAACUUAUUAAUGAUGAUAAUGAAAACACAUCAAAAAUUGAUAAAGCCAGCAAUAAUGGAUGGAAAAUUAGAAUUUGGCCUUCAACUUAUCGCAUCAACAUUAAGAAAAGACUUCAAAACAAUGAUUCUCAGACUCCCAAAGGGGAAAUUAAAGCAACAGGUCCUCGUUAUAUAUUUGGGUAUCAUCCACAUGGUAUAGGUGCGUUAGGAGCAUUUGGCGCUUUUGGGACAGAAGGUUGUCAUUGGUCAAAGAAGUUUCCUGGUAUCCCUAUUUCAUUGAUGACUUUAGUUACACAAUUUCACAUUCCAUUGUAUAGAGACUAUCUUUUGGCUUUAGGAAUAACGUCAGUCUCUAGGAAAAAUGCUUUGAAAGUACUGCAGAACAAUCAAUCGAUAUGUAUCGUAGUUGGAGGAGCAAGGGAAUCCCUCCUUACUGAACCGAAUAAAGUGGAAUUGAUCUUAAAUAAGAGGAAAGGGUUUAUUAAAUUGGCAUUAGAGACUGGAAAUGUCGGAGUGGUCCCUACAUUUGUCUUUGGUGAGAAUAAUACAUAUCAAAUAUUUAGAUCUAGGGAAAAUUCAUGGUUAAGAAACAUUCAAUUGUGGAUCAAGGCAAAUUUUGGGUUUACAAUCCCAAUUUUCUAUGCUCGAGGUCUCUUCAAUUAUGAUUUUGGCUUGUUACCUUUUAGAACUCCAUUGACUGUGAUUACAGGAAAGCCAAUCUAUAUUAAAGAAAAAAUCAAUAAUCCAUCAGAGGAUAUUGUAAAUCACUAUCAUGAACUCUAUAUUGAGGAAUUGAAAAAUAUCUAUUGUGAUUAUAGAGAUCAAUAUGAUAUGUCCGAUGUAGACUUUAAUAUUGUUGGUUAA